UUGUGACCAGCAGUGAGUCUCUAUUCCCAGUUGCGUAUCAAAUCAGGGUAUUCAUUUCAACGUUACAAUCGAUUCGAGUAGACUCAUGUCUUCGACAAUCAGUCCAACGAUUUACGAGCAAGAAGCUUGGACCAUAAUGAGACCGUUAAGAAGUCCAAACUACGAGGAAAGUGAGUACAGUUACGCAAAGGAGCAACUGCCGGCCAGCUCGACGUUUUGCUUCAGCUGCGGACGGCCGUUCUGCGCCACCGCGAAACACCUGUACGUCUCCGCGCGCCGCAGCAUGGUGGUCCACCCGAACGGCCCGAGGUGCUUCGCGUGCGGGUCCCGCAAGGGGCCGCUGGAAACCUACGGUAUCGUGAGGUGGGGGCUGGGCUGGAGGGCGGUGGAGGCGCACACCCUCUCUUACACCGUCGUACACGCAGACGGAGAGGAGGUACCCACCGUCUACCAAGAAGAGACCCUGUGGGAGGACGACACCUAUCUUCCAGGAGAUGAACAACAGUUCAGCACCUUCGUCAGACUCCUUGAACGCGUCCAUUGCAGCAACGACAAAUCAGAAGUCGACAAUGCUAUUGAUAGUAUACUGGACUGGAUUGAAAAGGAGGAGGACGAGAGGGGGUCUGCUCUGGGGUUGGGGAAGGAGAUCCCCGGGGGGUACGGGCCACUCAUGACAGAGAAUGAGCAGGGGCAGGUGGUGGUGUAUCCCUGA